AUGACUUUCGUCAUAGCUAUCGUGUUCAUCAGCAGAGCCGUAGUGAUCGAGAAAUCCUUGCUUUUGAAGGGACUCAUUAUGAAGAUUGAGGACCUCUUUGGUCUGACAACCGAGCAAGUUGAGUUGCUCGGAGUCCGAUACACUCAGGACUGCCGCAUCAGUUGGCCCGAGCAGCCGACUGUCCACGUUUCGAAUAGGAACUACCCGAAGGCCUUCAGCAGCGAGUUUUACAAAGAUUGGCUCCGCGAGGGCGGAGUCUCCUGGGUCGGCAACUUCGGCCAAGGAGAGAUUGAUAACGUGCAGAUAUCUACCGACCGACCUAAGUUUCUUAGCACUUCGAUCGAAGAGGCGGCUGGAAGAGUUGACUUCGAGCCUAACGAUGGACUUGAACGGCAAGUACCUCCUAUGCCAGCUCAUAACUAUCUUGCCCCGUUCGUCUCGCUAGGCACACACAUGCAAAUCUUCAACCCCGUCAGACCUGAGGCUGCCCUCAUGAACGAAGAAAAACGUCGUUUCCGGACUUUGAAGCGAAGGCAUCGUUUAGUCACGUGUUGUGUUACGGAGUUUCAGGGUGCGCUUUUGCACAUAAUUAUGGUUUUUGCAGAGUACUUUGAUAGCACCGCGGUAAAUCGAUCAGACGCAGAUCAGGCUACCACAAGCCUCUCUCAUCGGUAUCAUCGUACACCUCCUGCCCAUCACCGACACUUUCUGCAUAGAGCCGCAUCUCUUCACCUUAACAUCACACAUUUCCUUACCGGAUUGCGCCCCACGUCAGGUCAACCCGAGUUCAUUGCCAUGGCUGUGGUAGUAGCCAUCGUUUACGAGGCCCGCGCCAUUGUGAUCGAGAAGCCACUGACCUGGAAAGGUCUUAUCCUAAUGAUCGCCGAGCAAUUCAAGCUCAGAACCAUGCUGGCCGAGGCCCUGGAGAUCAGGUACAGUAACAGCUGUCGACGUACCUGGAUGGAGCCAAUUCCUGAGAAUCCUUACCCUCGAUACUACCCACGAUGCCUCGAUGAGGAUGCAUACCGUCGGGUGGUAUCGGACGGUGGGAUUUUCUGGAUCGGCAAUUUCGGAAAAGGCGAGAUCAACACCGUCGAGAUUAUCGAUAAGCCGCCGAUCUUCCUCAGAACCUCUAUCAAAGACGCGGCUGGCGACCUUUUCCAUACGACCAACCGUCUUGAGAAGUCAUACGCAGACCUCGACUCGGACUAUGAGUCGGACUGA